AUGUCGGGCCGCAUCCCUCAAUUUAGCCACCCUGAGGGUUUCCAUGGACGGCGACGUAGCCCACACACUGCUCAUCAAGAUCAUCCGCCUAGUUCUACGCUUCUGCUGCGUGGUCUAGCACGUUCUAUCAACGAUGAAAUGAACAACAAGAUUCUUGACGCAUUACAAUCUUUUGGACCAGUGCAAGCUCGUGUCAUAUACGACAAAGCCACUGGCGACUCUCGUGGAUUUGCCUUUGUGGAUUUUGACUCGGUGGAAAGUGCUACACAAGCUAUGAAGACGUUUGAAUCAACACCGUUAAUACUGCAGCAUCGAAAUAUACAUGUCAGUUAUAGCGAUGGUUACCGUCGACGCUCGGAUGAAUCUGAUCGUCUUCGAGGGCCCAAUUGGCAUCACGAUGAUCAACGAAUGGGAGAGCGCUGGCAACCACGUACAGACUGGUUUUGUGAUAAUUGCAAUGUGACGAAUUUUGCGAGACGAACGGUUUGUUUUCAGUGCAGUACACCCAAGCCGCAUCUUGAGAUACCAGGAACAGCAAUACGCCAACCGAAUAUAAACUGGACCAAUUCUUACGAUCAAAAUGCUGAGAGUACUAGCUUCUCCGUACCUCGUGCUCCAUUGAAUGACAGCGAAAUGGGUACACGCAGACGUUUCGAGAACUCUCGCCAUGUUGUGCCAUCGCAAGUGCUUGUGGUGCGGAUGCUCCCACCUGAUAUCGAAGAAGGCGAGCUUCAUGUGGCCUUUGCUGAAUUUGACGGGGUUGAAGAUAUUCGUUUGAUUCGAGAUCGGGUGACCAAUUUAUCGCGAGGAUUUGGCUUUGUUGAGUUUCGAGAUAUCCAAGCUGCGACAAAUGCUUUGCAACAAUGUAAUAAUUUAGUUGUGCAAAAUACUCACGUCGAGGUGUCGUAUGCACGGGAUACUCUGUCCACUAGGUCGCAAUACGUGGCAGAACUGAGUGCGGGACCACGCACUGGUAGCUCCAUGGUCGUCACGGCGCUGGAACAAGCACAAUGGUCGCUCUUGCAGGGACGUGGAGUCGACGUGGCUACUACUGAUCAGCAAAACAGCGUCGUGGAUGAUGUCAGUGCGCUUUUGGAUCAGGCUGCAGCCGCAGUUGCUCCUCACUUUCAAGAACCGAAGAAGAUGUGGCCACUUCCAUUCGAGACAGCAGGCGGCAGCUAUGUCUACGUCAGUGAGUAUGGUCUUUACUGGGAUCCAGACAGCUUAUUCUAUCACGAUGCUCAAACUACGAUGUAUCAUAAUUCAUUUACUGGUACAUACUACCGGUGCAUCAACUCUCAUGGUAGUGGGGCAUCGGCUUUCAAAGAGUUUACGCCGCCUGUUCCUGUUGACGAUGAAGCUUUUCACGAAACGAUCGCGACGAAGGAAACUACUAGCACUAAACCAGUCUUGAAUUUAUCUUUAAAAAAAGAGAAGAAGAAGGCGGGAGGACUUUCUUUUGCUAUUAAGACGACUGCAUUCUCGACUGCUUCGGCGACGGAAGGAAUAAGUCAGGUAAAGACAGUGGAAAGCAGUACAAAUCUUGUUUCUUCGAAUGCUAGUAGCGUGGCUGUCGGGAUGAAACGCAAAAGUUUAAACGAUAUUGCCAAGUGGUCGCAACGGAAACAAAACGAGGCUGGUUAUUUAAACACCGUGCCACCGCAGCCUCCUAGCAAUUCGGUUGAAAUAGCUCACAUUGAGCAGAAGACAGCAAUUACGGCUAAGCCGAAUGCUGUGGACUCUGUCAUUGACGCGCUUACGAAUGUUCCUCAAGAAGUUCCCAUUUGUCUGCUAUGCCGGCGGAAGUUUGGGUCUUUGGAAAUGCUUCGCAAACACGAGAAAUUGUCAAAACUGCACUUGACAAACUUAGCGAAAGCAAAUGAAAACAAGCAAAUUGUUGCAGCUCAGUACCGAGAGCACGAAAAAGAGAUGGAACGAGGUGCAAAGAAGCAGCGGCUAGCAGAAGCUCAAUCCAUGACAGCUAGCAAUGAAAGCUGGACUGCAACUUCUACCAGUGAAAAGCCUGCUGCACCUUCACUUGAGUCAGGAUUUGGGGGCAAAAUGCUCAAGAUGAUGGGUUGGAAGAGUGGAGAAGGGCUUGGCAAAAACGGUACGGGCAGAACGGCACCGAUUGAGGCUAUUGGGCAAGGAGGUCGAAGUGAGACAGCAGGACUUGGCUUAAAAGCUCCAUUAGCAGCUACGAUCGACCUCACGGACGUGACAUCCGAAAAAGAUCGUCGACAAAGACUCGUUCGGGCUCGUUAUGAUGCUGAUACCGCAUAA